GACCAGAGCCUGUGCUACUGAGUGCCCCCUCUAUCUGGCACCAUGCAGCUCUCACUAGCCCCAUGCCUCGUAUGCCUGCUUGUCCAUUCUGCCUUCUGUGCUGUGGAGGGCCAGGGAUGGCAAGCCUUCAAGAAUGAUGCCACGGAAAUCAUCCCCGGGCUCGGAGAGUACCCCGAGCCUCCUCAGGAACUGGAGAACAACCAGACCAUGAACCGGGCUGAGAAUGGAGGCAGACCUCCUCACCAUCCCUACGACACCAAAGACGUGUCCGAGUACAGCUGCCGCGAGCUGCACUUCACCCGCUUCGUGACCGACGGCCCGUGCCGCAGCGCCAAGCCGGUUACCGAGUUGGUGUGCUCCGGCCAGUGCGGCCCCGCGCGGCUGCUACCCAACGCCAUCGGGCGCGUGAAGUGGUGGCGCCCGAACGGACCGGAUUUCCGCUGCAUCCCGGAUCGCUACCGCGCGCAGCGGGUGCAGCUGCUGUGCCCCGGGGGCGCGGCGCCGCGCGCGCGCAAGGUGCGUCUGGUGGCCUCGUGCAAGUGCAAGCGCCUCACCCGCUUCCACAACCAGUCCGAGCUCAAGGACUUCGGGCCCGAGACCGCGCGGCCGCAAAAGGGUCGCAAGCCGCGGCCGCGCGCCCGGGGAGCCAAAGCCAACCAGGCGGAGCUGGAGAACGCCUACUAGAGUGCGCCCGCGCCUACGCAGCCCCCCGCGCGAUCCGAUUCGUUUUCAGUGUAAAACCUGAAGCCCAGGCCAGGGGUGCCAAACUUUCCAGACCUGCGGAGUCCCCAGCCCGUAGAGACCGCUGCGAGCGGGGUUGGGGGUCGGGGGACGGUUCCCGUAGGCCAGGAGAGAAAGCUUGAGUCCCAGACUGAGCCACUCUGCCUAGCCCGGGGUGGGAGAGGGUGGUCCUUCUGCCCUCGCCAGACCCCUACAGGACAAGGCAGUGUUGCCACCUUAAAGGGAAGGGAGUGUGGAACGAAAGACCUGGGACUGGUUAUGGAAGUACAGUAAGAUCUACUCCCUCCACCCCAAUGUAAAGCCUGCGCGGGCAAGAACACGAGCACACACAGCACUAGAUAGGGUUUCUGACCCUGACUUAGCCACUGAGUAUGAGGUUGGGCCACGAGGUUCUCUUUUGGUACCAUCUCCUUUGUAAAAUAGGGACCGGGAUGAGAUCAGACUCUCCAGGACUCUGCUGAGAUUCCAACAUAUUGGGGUGUCCCAAGGUAGGCAGGUGAGAGAGAGAAGGAGAGAGGGCGGGGUGGGGGAGAAAUUGUGGUGGGCAACCGCCUAGAAGAAGCUGUUGGUUCUCAGUUUGGCUUCCUCCACUCCUUCGUCUCAAAUCUGCCUUCAAAUCCAUAUUUGGGAUAGGGAAGGCCAGGGUCCGAGAGAUGGUGGAAGGGACAGAAAUCACGGUCCUGGGCCCGGAAGAUCAGAUCUGACCCCCAGCUGCCUUGCCAUAUUUUAAAGAGAUUUUCUACACAACAGUUUAAGGUCGUUGGAGGAAACUGGGCUUGCCAGUCACCUCCCAUCCCUGUCCCUUGGCAGGACACCUCCUCCCGCCUGCCACCCACGGACACAUUUCUGUCUAGAAACAGAGGUUCUUCAUGCUGUCCUCCGAGAUGGCAUUUCUUACAUUAAAAAGAAUAAUACGGGGGUGGGGGGCGCAAGUGUACAUAUGCUGAGAAGCUGUCAGGCGCCACAGCGCCACCCACAGUCUUUUUGUAAAUUAUUUCCAGACACCUCUUACUUUCUGUGUAGAUUUUAUUUGUUAAAAGGGGAGGGAGGAGAAUGUAGCAGAAGCACAUGGAGCGGUGCGGGGCCGGGGGGUUGGCGGGAUAGCCCUUGGGGAUGGGCUGGUGGGUUUGGCGAACUUUCCAUGUGGGACUCAUCCACAAGACUGAAAGCCGUGUUUCUUUUUGUUUUUUUAAGAGUUCAGUGACAUAUUUAUUUUCUCAUUUAAGUUAUUUAUGCCAACAUUUUUCUUGUAGAGAAAGGCAGUGUUAAUACCGCUUUGUGAAGCACGUGUGUUUUUUUGGCCACCAGAGGCAUUGUUAAUAAAGACAAUGAAUCUCGAGCA